AAAAACCUUCCUCGUUGAAAUUUCUUUCAAUUCCAAUAGCCAAAAAAAAAAAAAAAGGAAGAACAGAAAACGAAGAAAGAAAGAAGACGAGAGUUUUCCGAUCGCCCAAAUUCCAUCCAACAACUAACUACCGCUUCCCUGAUUUCUCAUCUCCUUCCCCAAUUGAGAAAUUCGUUCUGCCCAUAUCUGUAAAUCCGUCCAUAGUAGCCAUUCCUGUUUUCUUCUCUUCCCGUUUCCCUCUUCGCCCAAUCGGAAUCGUCGCCACUUUGUUUUUCCUCAUCGGAAGAAAACCCAGAUGGGUCACCAGGAGCACGAAUCCAACUCCUACAGCAUCAUCUCCAGCUCCUCGUGGCUCGAAAUCCGGCUCUUCUACGUCCGGAUCACCCCUUGCGUCACCGACACCGUCCCCGGCCACCUCACCCUCCGCCAUCUCCGCCGCGAGAGCAGCACCCCGCUCGAGAUCAACGGCUCCAGGAUCCCCGCCGUCGAUUCCGCCUGCGUCAACCUCCGCCGGGACCGCCUCAACAAGGAGUCCUCCGAGGUCACCUACGUCAGCACGGACACCGUCCGCGUCACGGGGGCGCUGGAGUUCGAGGUCCUGGAGAACGCCGAGCUCCUCCUCUGCGGCUCCUUCGAGAGGAUGGAGUCGGCCUGGGGGAACGGCGCCGUCGGCACGGAGAACGAUUCCAAGACCGGGUGGAGCAUGGAGUGCUACGUCGCGGCUUCCGUCGGGGAAGGGAGCUCGCUGUUCUUCCAGCCGCGGAUGGGGGUGUCGGCUCCGGCAAUCGAGGUUUACAUCGCCGGCUGCUGUGGCGGUGUGCCGGUUAUUUUAACCAAGACGAUUAUGGUCAGCCCGAGGAAGAAGGUGUCCAGGCACGCCGCUCUGGAUGCCAUUCCGGAAGAUGAAGAGAUGGAGAAGGAGGAGGAGGAGGGGGAGAAUGAGCGGAUUGACGGCGGUAGUAAUCCCUUGUCGCCUGGCCUCCGCAAAGUCCCGAGUAGCGGAUCAGAAGAUGAAGAAGACUAUGAACCAGACAUGAAAAUUGGAACCAGAUACUACCCUGAUCAGGACAUGUAUUAUGGUGAGGAUGGCCAGCUCUCUUGGUUUAAUGCUGGUGUUCGAGUUGGUGUUGGGAUUGGCCUUGGCAUGUGUGUUGGGAUGGGAAUUGGGGUUGGACUGCUGAUGCGUUCGUACCAAGCAACUACCAGGAACUUUAGGCGGAGGUUCUUCUGAGCGCAUUUGCUUCCCCAUUUGAUUAAACAAGUGAAGUCAAAUUCCGGAUGAAUAAACAGAAGGUUAUCUUGCAGAACUGGAUAUAACUUUCUGUCGGGUACCUUGAGAUUUGUGGAGAGUGAAAUAAGAGGAAGAAGGUUUAUGUCACAAGAAUGCAGAGUUUUGGUAGAUAUAAUGGGAGUUGCUGUACAGUAUUUUUCUCUUCAGUAGAGUGUCCUAUUCUUCCUCAAUGAGGAAGCUCGAAUGCUAGUCAAGAAGGAUCUCCAUGCUGUGACCCUGCUGCUACUUGCUGAACUUUUCCAUUGGUGAGAGGUGUGAAUGCAGGUUUCGUCUGCAGUCUGCACCAUUUGAGAGCAGUAGAGUUCUGAUCACUCAAUGCACCUGGAACUGGAAGAACUGAACAUGAUAUAGUUGGCUCGAGUGUUCGUGCAGAAGCGACUUUGCUUCACAUACGUAGCUACUUCUUUUGAGUCUUGUAGAAUAUUUGUGGUGUUGUUGUCACCCUUCUGUUUUUCCUCCCAAUCUGGCUUUGUAUUUAUUUACCCUUUUUUCUUGAUUUUGGGCUCCUUUUCCAGAAAGCGUGGCAGUUUUAGGUUUUCCUUGUAAAAACGAACUCCUGCUUUUUGCUAUAAUCUAACAUUCGAUUC